UGAGCUUGAAGUCGUGUCCAGUGUCUCCAGUCGUACCAGAACCACCGACCGGUGCGGACGUUUCUUUUUGUGCGUCGUUCCCUCGCUGUCGUGUCUACGUACGUGCGUACCGCUGUCGGUGAAUACUUGUGGCAACCGUGUGGACUGGUUCGUCACCGCCAAAAUUCCAGCGUCCAGUGCAUUUUUAGCAGAUCUGUUUCCGGAUCGAACGCGAAAGACGUACGAGGAAGUCUCCUGUGCCCGAGAGAGGAUCGGUGGUAUACGUGACACGUAUUUACGCGAGGAGUCAACGAGACGAUCAUCGAACGUUCGCCGCCUUUUCACGUAACCGUGCAUCGACGGCCGAACAUCUUCGGCAUAUUGAAAUCAUUUCUCGGCGUGUCGUUCCCGGCAUUCUUGAACCGGCGCGAUACCGCCUCGGAAACGAUUUCCGUCGGUUACGUGGAGUGCACCGAAAGUAUCGGAUCGGCACGGACGGCGAGGAAGUGUAGCCAUGAAUAAUUCACUCGGUUGAGGGCCUGAAUUUCUUCGACUUUGAGGUACCGAGAGAGAUUCGAAAACAACAGCGUCAAGAUGGGUGAGAUCCUCGGCUCGGCGAGUUUCCUCCACCUGGGCGACAUCGUCAGCCUUUACGCGGAGGGUAGUGUCUCGGGAUUUCUUUCCACCCUCGGCCUGGUAGACGAUAGAUGCGUGGUAUGUCCCGAAGCAGGAGAUUUGUCAACUCCGCCAAAGAAAUUCAGAGAUUGCCUCUUCAAAAUAUGUCCUAUGAACCGUUAUUCCGCCCAGAAGCAAUUUUGGAAGGCUGCAAAGCAGAGUGCGAGCGGUACGGAUGCUGUACUGCUCAAAAGGCUUCACCACGCCGCCGAAAUAGAAAAAAAGCAAAAUGAGACUGAAAAUAAGAAAUUGCUGGGCAGUGUUGUCUCUUAUGGUAAUGUCGUUCAGCUGUUACAUCUUAAGUCCAACAAAUUCUUGACCGUGAACAAGAGGUUACCAGCUCUUCUCGAGAAGAACGCGAUGAGAGUCUACUUGGACGCGAACGGGAACGAGGGUUCCUGGCUCUACAUAAUGCCCUUUUACAAGCUGCGCAGCGAUGGCGAUACCGUCGUUGUCGGCGAUAAAGUGAUUCUGGAACCGGUAAAUGCCGGUAGACAGGGUCUACACGUUGCGGCCAAUUACGAGCUAAGCGACAACCCAGGUUGCAAAGAGGUGAACGUCGUGAACACGGCCACGUCGUGGAAGGUAACGUUAUUCAUGGAGCAUAGAGAGAAUCAAGAAGAGAUCUUGAAAGGCGGAGAUGUGGUUCGGCUGUUCCAUGCCGAGCAAGAAAAGUUCCUUACAAUGGACGAGUAUAAGAAGAAGCAGCAUGUGUUUUUAAGGACCACUGGCAGGACCAGUGCCACUGCUGCCACAAGUAGCAAAGCUUUGUGGGAAGUUGAGGUAGUGCAACAUGAUCCAUGUAGAGGAGGCGCAGGUCACUGGAACUCGCUUUUUAGAUUUAAACAUUUAGCGACUGGCCAAUACUUGGCGGCUGAAAUUGACACCGACGAACUACGUGAAACUACAACAGGCAAGCGUGAUCCCCCAGGACCAGUAUAUAGAUUGGUAUCAGUUCCACAUAGUAAUGAAAUCAGCUCCGUAUUUGAAUUAGACCCUACUACAUUAACCAGAGGUGACAGUUUGGUACCUCAGUCAUCUUUCGUUCGGUUACACCAUUUAUGUACAAAUACAUGGGUUCAUUCAACGAGUGUACCCAUCGAUAAAGACGAUGAAAAACCUGUUAUGUCAAAGGUGGGUUGCGCCAUCAACAAAGAGGACAAGGAGGCGUUUGCUUUAAGAUCUGUGUCACCUGUUGAAGUGCGAGAUCUUGAUUUUGCGAACGAUGCCUGUAAAGUUUUAGCUUCAAUAAGUGGUAAGCUAGAAAAAGGCACGAUUUCGCAUAACGAAAGACGAGCUGUAACUAGUCUACUGCAGGAUAUAGUGUACUUCAUAGCCGGAUUAGAGAAUGAACAGAAUAAAUCUGAAGCUUUAGAGUUAAUUGUUACUAAUGCAGUAAGAGAUCGACAGAAAUUAUUAAGAGAACAAUAUAUACUCGGUCAAUUGUUUAAAAUACUUCAGGCUCCAUUCUUAGAGUCUGCAGAAGGUGAGGGACCAUUUCUUAGAAUAGAGGAACUAAAUGAUCCUAGGCAUGCACCGUACAAGUAUAUGUUUCGUUUGUGUUACCGAAUCUUAAGACUUUCACAACAAGAUUAUAGAAAAAACCAGGAAUAUAUUGCUAAACACUUCGCGUUUAUGCAAAAACAAAUUGGAUAUGAUAUUCUAGCAGAAGAUACCAUCACUGCUCUCUUACAUAAUAAUAGAAAACUAUUGGAGAAACAUAUUACAGCUGCAGAAAUUGAAACAUUUGUGGGUCUUGUCAGAAAGAAUAUGCAUAAUUGGGAAUCAAGAUUUUUAGAUUACUUGUCAGACUUAUGUAUUUCUAAUAAGAAGGCGAUAGCUGUAACGCAAGAGCUAAUUUGCAAGAGUGUAUUAAGCGAAAAGAAUAAAGAUAUAUUAAUCGAAACUAGAGUGAUGAAAACUCAGGUUGAAGUGGAAGAACUUGAUGAAAAGCAAGAAAACGGUGAACCACAAAUCACUGUCGUGGAAGAACUUGAAGUAUUUCUUUCAUGGAAUAAUGGGACGAAAUCAAUGUCUUUAAAUGAAUUAUCAAGGGGAACAAAAAUGGAUAAUGUUCAAGAUGCAGCAAUAUUAGAUUACUAUAGACAUCAAUUGAAUCUUUUUAGCAAUAUGUGUCUGAACAGACAGUAUUUAGCUUUGAAUAAUUUAUCACCACAUUUAGAUAUUGGUCUUAUACUCAAGUGCAUGGAAGAUGAAACAGUACCAUACGAAUUGCGUGCAUCAUUUUGUCGUCUUAUGUUACACCUUCAUGUUGAUAGAGAUCCACAAGAACAAGUAACUCCAGUGAAGUAUGCACGCCUAUGGUCUGAGAUUCCUUCUAAAAUGAGUAUCAAUGAUUAUGACGCCAACAGAAUGCGGGAUCAAAAUAAAGAAGUUGUCCGUGCUAAAUUUAGUUCGACCAUAAUGUUUGUAGAAGAUUAUUUGUGCAACGUAGUUGCAAAAAUGUGGUCUUUUGCAGAUCAAGAACAAAAUAAACUUACGUUUGAAGUUGUUAAACUGGCACGCGAUUUAAUUUAUUUCGGAUUCUAUAGUUUUAGUGACCUGUUGAGACUAACCAAAACGUUGCUAAGUAUUUUGGAUUGUAUUUCAGAAAAUGACACACCGGACAGAAAAAUUCCAACUGGUGAUAUUGAUUCUGAUUCUACGGAUUCUAAAGAAACAGCCGAAGGUGGAGUAUUGAGAUGUAUUGGAGACAUGGGAGCAGUAAUGACAAGUUUAACAUUGGGUUCAGCCGGGCAAGUGUUAGGCGGAAGUACCUCCCCUAGGCCGAAACCACUCUCACAGAAAGAAUACCCGUUGGUGAUGGAUACAAAGUUGAAAAUUAUCGAAAUCUUACAGUUCAUUCUCGACGUUCGAUUGGACUAUAGGAUUUCCUGUUUAUUAAGCAUUUUCAAGCAGGAAUUUGAUGAAACUGAAAGAGCUUCCGGUGACUUGAAUCUUGGCCAAAAGACCAUUGAUUUAGAACUAAUUGGAACACAAGCAGAGGGUAUAUUCGGAAGCAGUGAGGAGUGUGCGGCACUAGAUUUGGAUGGUCAAGGUGGUAGGACAUUUCUGCGUGUCUUGCUCCAUUUGGCAAUGCACGACUAUCCCCCGUUAGUUUCUGGUGCAUUACAUUUGCUCUUUAGACAUUUUAGUCAGAGACAAGAAGUUUUGCAAGCAUUUAAACAAGUACAGCUCUUAGUUUCUGACAGUGAUGUUGAGUCAUAUAAACAAAUUAAGUCAGAUUUAGACGUUUUACGGCAGUCAGUUGAAAAAUCUGAACUUUGGGUAUACAAAUCUAAAGCAGCAGAAGAACAUGGCGGUAAAAAAAAGAAAAGUAAGGAAGAGGAAGAUGAUGGAGCUACUCCUCGGAAAACACCGCCUCAGUUAUCAACAUCGGACAAGAAAGGAUCUGCAAUAGAUUUAGAUAUUGGACCUCCAUUACAUGCAGAUCAAGCUGAAGAAUAUAAAAAAAUACAACAGAUUCUGAUUCGCAUGAACAAAUUAUGUAUUCAAACGAUAGGUGGUCAAUUAAAACCACGAAAACACGAACAAAGACUUUUACGUAACGUUGGAGUACACACUGUUGUUUUAGACUUACUACAAGUUCCAUAUGAUACCAAGGAAGAUGUUAGAAUGAAUGAAUUAAUGCGAUUGGCACAUGACUUUCUGCAAAACUUUUGUUUAGGCAACCAACAAAAUCAGGUUUUAUUACACAAACAGUUAGAUUUGUUUCUAAAUCCUGGAAUACGCGAAGCGCAAACAGUGUGUAGCAUUUUCCAAGAUAAUUCUACUUUGUGUAAUGAAGUAAGCGCUAAAGUUAUACAGCAUUUUGUGCAUUGUAUAGAAACUCAUGGGAAGCAUGUACAGUAUCUAAAAUUUCUUCAAACAAUAGUAAAAGCUGAAAAUCAGUUUAUUAGAAAAUGUCAGGAAAUGGUGAUGCAAGAAAUGGUUCAAUCUGGUGAAGAUGUUCUUGUCUUCUACAAUGACAGAGCUUCCUUUAAUCAUUUUGUGGAAAUGAUGCGAUCCGAAAGGCACAGAAUGGAUGAAAGCAGUCUACUAAAGUAUCAUGUAGAAUUAGUAAAAUUGUUAGCUUGCUGUACAAUGGGUAAAAAUGUCAAUACCGAAAUUAAAUGCCAUAGUCUUUUACCUUUAGACGAUAUUGUUGCUAUGGUAUCACAUCCAGAUUGCAUACCAGAAGUUAAAGAAGCAUAUAUCAAUUUUCUCAACCAUUGUUAUAUUGAUACAGAAGUGGAAAUGAAAGAAAUUUACACAUCAAAUCACAUGUGGUCAUUAUUUGAAAAAUCUUUUAUUGUAGACAUGGGCUUAAUAGCGACUGCGACACAUGAUCGUGAACACGCUGAUACUUCUUUGGAAAAUUAUGUGACAGGUUGCCUAAUGAAUAUCAUUACGACGUUCUUUAGCAGUCCGUUUUCAGAUCAGAGUACUACAGUGCAGUUCAUCGAAAUGGAGAAACAUCUGCACGAGGCUAGACUAUAUUGGAGCAUCAAGGAGAGUGACCGGAAUACUGAUAAUAAUCUUACUGUCUAUACAAGACGACAACCUGUUUUCGUGCAACUCCUACAUGCAGCUUUUAAAGUGUCGCAAUGCUCAUGGUUAAAUGCUGGUCAAAGAUUCAAUGUAGAAAAUUGUAUAAGGACGUUGUCUGAUGUAGCUAAGGGUAGAGGGAUAGCCAUACCAACUGAUUUGGAAAGUCAAGUUGCUUCUAUGUUUAAUAAAGCAGCAAUGCUCAGUAGACAAACAAGCAAAUGGCUUCAAGCAGCUAAACAACCCAAAAUAGAACGUACUCAAAGUCAGAGUGACUUAAUUGAUGAGGAUACUAAAGAUGAGCUGAUGCGUUUGGAUAGAAGCAUUAUAGAAGGUUUACAAGACAUAGUAUCUCUAUUGGAAGAGCAAUUGAAACCAUUAGUACAAUCAGAAUUAUCUUUAUUAGUGGAUAUUCUCUAUCGACCAGAAUUAUUGUUUCCAGUAGCAACUGAUGCUAGGAAAAGAUGCGAAAAUGGCGGUUUUAUUCGAAGAUUAAUCAAACACACAGAAAAGUUACUUGAGGAAACAGAAGAGAAAUUAUGUGUAAAAGUGUUAAGGACUCUCAGGGAAAUGAUGGCUAUUGACCCUGAAUAUGGAGAAAAAAGCGAAGGUGUCUCGGCAGAAGAAGAAACAGAACAGCAGAGAGAGCCACAAGUCGGAACAGACUGUGUCGAUGAGUCUGAGACUCGUCAUAUGACUCAGCAAGAGCGGGGAGAUGUAUUGAGAAACAAUCUUUUGGCUCGCUAUUUUGGAAAGUCUUUCAUACAAAAGCCUGAGCAUAUAGAAAUUGGAGUCUCCAACACAGUUACGCAUGGACCAGGGGCCAAAGUUCUAAGCCGAGCAGGCAGGACAUUACAUGAAAUACAGAGUCAUCUUGAUCGAGAGGGUGCAUCAGACUUGGUCGUCGAAUUAGUGAUUAAAAGUGUACAUUCUCCAAGUAUAUUUGUGGAAGCUGUAGAACUUGGUAUCGCACUAUUGGAAGGCGGAAAUCCUAUUAUACAAAAAAGUAUGUUUAAUAAACUAAUGGGUGGUGAUUUGAGCCAGUCAUUUUUCAAGGUGUUUUAUGAUAAAAUGAAGGAUUCUCAACAAGAAAUCAAAUCUACUGUAACAGUCAACACAUCCGAUAUAGCAGCGAAGGCACAUGAAGACAAGGAACAGUGCAAGGAAAUUGAGAAGAUAUCACGAAAACGCACAUCAGGAAAACCUAACGGAAUUGUAAUGACGGAUGAAUUACGGGAAGAAUUAAAUCAGGCCGCAUCAUCUACAGUGCAAGCUUUUGCAAAUGUUCGUAAUCUUGCAUCUGGUGAGGAUGUAACAACCAAUGCAGCAAUAGGAAGUGCAUUGGAGGAUAUGAUUGCGGAAAAACUGGAAAGGCAUCGUACUGGAGCAGGUGGCACGGAAAGAGACGAAGGUCAAUUAAGUACAAAAGUGUUAGUGAUGCAACCAAUUUUACGGUUUCUGCAAUUGCUAUGUGAAAAUCAUAAUCGUGAUUUACAGAAUUUCCUUCGAAAUCAGAACAACAAGACAAACUUUAAUCUAGUAUCAGAAACAUUGAUGUUUUUGGAUUGUAUUUGUGGUUCAACCACUGGCGGAUUGGGUUUGCUAGGAUUAUAUAUUAAUGAACAUAAUGUUGCAUUAAUUAAUCAAACAUUAGAAACUUUGACUGAGUAUUGUCAGGGACCAUGUCAUGAUAAUCAAAACUGUAUUGCUACUCAUGAAUCAAAUGGGUUAGAUAUAAUAACUGCGUUGAUCUUGAAUGAUAUUAAUCCUUUGGGAAAGACUCGAAUGGAUUUAGUGUUAGAAUUGAAAAAUAAUGCUAGUAAAUUAUUAUUAGCUAUAAUGGAAAGUAGAGGUGAUAGUGAAAAUGCGGAAAGAAUUCUAUAUAACAUGAAUCCAAAACAAUUAGUAGAUGUUGCGUGUCGUGCAUUUCAUCAGGAAUCUUUAGAUGAUGAUGGCGAUGUUGAUGAUUCAUCUACAGAUGGAGAAGAAGGAGUAUCGCCGAAAGAAGUUGGACACAAUAUUUAUAUCUUAUGCCAUCAAUUAGCACAACAUAACAAAGAAUUGGCGUCAAUGUUAAAGCCAUCCGAGCAAAAUAAUGCGGAUCCGAAGAUUAAUAAAGCUCUUCAAUAUUAUGCGACUCAUACAGCUCAAAUUGAGAUCGUUAGACAUGAUAGAACUUUGGAACAAAUUGUAUUCCCAAUUCCAGAAAUCUGUGAACUUAUUACUUUAGAUACAAAGAUUAAAGUUUUACAUACAACAGAGCGAGAUGAUCAAGGAUCGAAAGUUUCCGACUUCUUUGAACGAACUGAAGAUAUGUUCAAUGAAAUGAAAUGGCAGAAGAAACUUAGAGGCCAACCAGUACUAUUUUGGAUGAGCAGUUACAUGUCAUUAUGGAGUAAUAUUUUAUUCAAUUGCGCAGUACUCAUAAAUCUUAUUGUAGCUUUCUUUUAUCCAUUUGUAGAUUCUAUGCCCGAACUAAGUUCACACUUAUCUGGUCUCAUUUGGACGGUAAUGCUUUCGUCUGCAGUUAUUGUUAUCACAUUGCCAAGAGAAUCUGGUAUACGGACAUUAGUAGCUUCAACAAUAUUACGAUUGAUUUUCUCCAUAGGACCAGAGCCAACAUUAUGGUUACUAGGUUUUGUUACGAUUGUAUUAAAAGUUGUACAUCUUAUAAGUAUUAUAGGUAACCAGGGCACUUUAACAAGGAGCUUAGAGCAAAUAGUGACAAAUGUCGAACUCUUGUAUCAUAUAUCAUAUCUCAUAUUUUGUGUUCUUGGGAUUUUUAUGCAUCCAUUUUUCUACUCAGUUUUACUCUUUGAUGUAGUCUAUCGCGAAGAAACUUUGCUCAAUGUAAUUAGAUCUGUUACGCGAAACGGAAGAUCUAUUAUACUCACCGCUGUUUUGGCAUUAAUUCUAGUUUAUAUGUUUUCCAUUAUUGGUUUCAUGUUCUUCAAAGAUGAUUUCUUAGUAUCUGUUGAUAAAGACACUGUGUCACCACAAUCAGAAGAAAAUACUGGAACAUGUAACAUCGCAAAUAAUGAGAAACUCGAUGUAACUGAAACACUCUCUCGAUACGUCUUAGAAGUAAAUGAGACAGAGAGACAUGCAGAUGCAAUUAAUGUCGGUGGAGAAUUAAAAGAACGGUCAUGUGAUUCAUUGGUAAUGUGUAUUGUCACAACAUUAAAUCAAGGUUUAAGAAAUGGCGGUGGCAUUGGUGAUAUUUUGCGAGCACCUUCCAGUACUGAACCGCUGUUUGUUGCUAGAGUCGUGUACGAUUUACUCUUCUUCUUCAUUGUAAUAAUUAUUGUUUUGAAUCUAAUUUUUGGUGUCAUCAUUGAUACUUUCGCCGAUCUCAGAUCGGAGAAGCAGCAAAAGGAACUGAUAUUGAAGAAUACAUGUUUCAUAUGUGGUUUGAAUAGAUCAUCCUUUGAUAACAAAACAGUGUCAUUCGAGGAACAUGUCAAACAUGAACACAAUAUGUGGCAUUACUUGUAUUUCAUUGUUCUAGUAAAGGUGAAAGAUCCUACAGAAUUUACAGGGCCUGAGUCGUAUGUGUACGCUAUGGUGAAGGACCGAAACUUAGAUUGGUUCCCGAGACUAAGGGCGAAAUCGUUGGCGGCAGACGAAGGUGAAGGGGAACAAGUAGAAUUAAGAAGCUUACAGUCACAAUUAGAAUCUACGCAACAGUUAGUGAAAUGUUUAUCUCAACAACUCGCCGAGCUUCGCGAUCGGAUGACGGAGCAACGAAAACAGAAACAGCGGCUAGGCCUUUUGAAUUCUGCAUCCUUGUAUAUGCAAAACGCUGUCACGUAAAUGUAGAUUAUGUCCAACAUCAUGUUUAAUUUUUAAUUACAUAUGAAUCUCAAUUUGAUACUCCGAACAGAUAUUUGAUGUAUAAGUUUGUGUGUGUUUUUAAGAAGCAUUUAAAGACACAGGACAGUAAUUUUGGGAACAAAACUCGGAAGCAUUUGUAUAGUUUUUUCUUACUUUUAGAAGAUAUGUUUCGCGUAAAAGAGCACCAUUUAAAUUUAUUACUUUUAAUAUUAAUCCGAUUAAAUGAAAUUAUCGUUCGUUGAAUUGGUUCAUUAAACUUUAUGCGUUACCAGUACUAAAUCAGUUAUUAAUAUAUUUCGUUUGUGUAAUGAAACGAAAUGUGCAAGGGAUGGCUAACUGAAACAAUUUCUGACAACUGUUGAAUGUAUGUGUUACUUAACAGUUACAAGCGUGAAUAAUUUGUUUCGUGUAGGAGAUUAGAAUAAAAAUUUCUAUUAUAAUUUGAGUAAACUUCCAGAGGCGCGUAUAGGAAUAGUAGUUUACAAAUUAACAUAUCUAGAAUUCUUAUUAAGAUUUUAACGUUUUUGCAACGUGUUUGACAAAUUUUUAAGAAUGUUACUGUUUUUUAUCCAUGAGAUUGGAUAUGUAAAAUAAAUGUCGAGUAUUUUAUUUUAUAUGUUAGCAAACUUGUUUUAUCGUGGUUGUAUUAGAUUUAAAAAUUUGUAAAAUAGAAUACAUUUUAACACAUAUCUUUCUUGUUGAUCGUGUAACUAAUAUCUUCUUGUAAGAAUAAGUCCGUAAAAUAUAUUGUUAAAUUCAUUUUAUAAUGUGAAUUAACUUGAUCAAAUUGAUUUCAUGUUAUCAUAAAUUUUCUCUAUAUUAAUUGCUAAAUUAUGUACAGAUUCUUAGAUCAUGAGCGUAAUAAUUACCUUAUGAAUUAACGAAUGAAUUUUAACAUCGAACAUUUUUGCAUUACAUCGGGAGAACAAAUUUUGUUGACCAUAAGGCUUUAAUAAGAUUAACACAAAAUUAAAUAUAUUACUAUCCAAUAUCCAUUACUGAAUAUUCAUUUAAAACCGAUUAGUUAUUUUAGAAAAUAUUAAAUAUAUGAACAUUUACUUCGUCCAUUUGAGAAGCAAUAGAAUGAAAAUCCAAUAAGCUAUUCAAUGUUGAUAAAAUAUUCGCUGUUUUACAAUUAUCUAUUUCCCUGAAACCGAGUGCCAAGAGAUAUAUAAAUUGAUUAUGGAGUAACUAAACCAUGAUUAAAAUAAUCGUUCAAUUGAUCACAGUGUAGCUCAUUUCCGUGUCAUAGAUAUUUCUAACGAAUUAAUGUUAAUAAAUAUCAUUGUUUAGUUGCAAUGACGUAAACGUAAAUUAAGGAUAAUCGUAUUUAAAACAAAUUCAGUGGAAACAUUGAUAAACUCAUUAUUAUACACGCAUUGUUAGUGCAAUAUUGGAUUACGUUGUUAAUUAAUCUCAAAUUAUUUUCCACUAACAUGUUCGCUGGAUGACAUUCACCAUCCGACUGUGUCUAUAAACACUUUAUAUAUAGAUAGAUGUAUAUGGAUAUAUUGUAUGUUGAUAAUUUUUUUAAGAUAGUAAAUUUAAUAGAUGUAUUGUACAUAUUUCUCGUUCGAUGUUAUCCAUUUCCUGUUACUAUUUGUACGUGUUAAGAGAGUAAUUGUUUCCCUUAGAAAUGUCAUUUCAUUUUGUGCCAACUUUAUAAAAUUUUAACAAAAUGUUAUUUAAGAUCUGCGCCACGUGCACCCGAUAAUCGAACGCAAACGUGUUACCUGUAGAUGUACAUGUUUCAUAUUCCAAAUGUAGGAUAUAUAAAUAAUAAUACAGAUUGUAUUGAAACUUGUAUGUGAAUAAAUUGUUCUUUUUUAAUUAAUCGAGUCAACUUUCUAAA